AUGAGGGGCCCAUCAUCCGCCACACUCUUCUUUGCCUGCUUCUUUGUAUCUGUAGACAGUCGAGCCCAUGAUGCAGCCAUACUCAGCAGACGAACAGUCCCGGAAAUUGGCGGUUCACAAGGAGGUUUCAUCGGGCUCGUCGUCGCUUUGAGUGUGCUCAUCCUUAUCUGCUGUAUCGCAGUCUUCUUCCUCCUCCGCAACCAUGAACCCUCCGAACAAGAUCGCAUUUCCCGCCGUGAGCGCUACCGCCGUAACCGCGACAACCAAGAAAACGAUUCAACAGCGGGACGCAGCUUCUUUGGGGACAAGCUGCGCGGGAUGUGGCCAGAUAAAUGGAGUAGUAGGAGCAGGAGCGGCGGACGACGAGGUGGGCGUGGCUGGAUCCAAGCUGGCUCAGGUGAUGAAUGGGAGAUUAAUUCAGAUCACGGUGAAGAACAUAGGGCACAGCAGCCCAUGCAGCCCUUUUCCAGGUCUUUUCAAGAGGGACCUUACAGCCCCCAGGCCCCAGAAAUGGACUCACCGCUGUCAGAUGCGGAGUCGUAUGCACCUAUGCAUUAUGGGGAUCCGUAUGCAAAGGGCCCACUGCAUGUGACAUCGCCACAGCGGGUGACGUUUGCACGGUCGCAGUCGCCGCUCUCGCAAUCAAGCUCGCCUAUGUCCCGUGGAUCACAUCGAGAUGCAAGCAUGGACGACGAAGAGGUGCGCCCGCCCGACCACCGACAUUUUUCUACACAAUCAUCGACAUCAGUGCGGACUUUUGAAGGAGGCACAAAAUUUAUCGAGUCGUUCUAG